UUAAAAGCCUAAAAGCUUGUCCCCCUGCAGCUACUAAAACCCUAAUAACUCAUCUCCACCACACCGUUUGGCUGCUCCUGCUAGGUUUCGACCAUCGUUAAGCCGAGGAAAUGCUGGUGCUGUUUGAGACGCCAGCGGGCUUUGCCCUUUUCAAGGUAUUGGAUGAGGGCAAGCUCUCCAAAGUCGAGGAUUUAUGGAAGGAGUUCUCCACAGCUGACACCGCUCGCAAGGUUGUGAAGCUAAAAGCCUUCUCUAAGUUUGAAAAUACAUCGGAAGCAUUGUCAGCAGCUACUUUGUUGAUUGAUAGUAAGCCAAGCAAAGGGCUGCGCAAGUUUUUACGCUCUCAUUGCGAUGGUGAAACUCUGGCUGUAGCCGAUUCGAAGCUUGGAAAUGCAAUUAAGGAGAAACUGCAAAUUGACUGUGUGCACAACAGCACAGUCAUGGAAUUGAUGAGAGGAUUGAGGAAUCAGUUAACUGAGCUGAUAAGUGGUCUAGCUGUUCAAGAUUUGGCUCCAAUGAGCUUGGGUUUAUCUCACAGCCUUUCAAGAUACAAGCUGAAAUUUAGCCCUGACAAGGUGGACACAAUGAUUGUCCAAGCCAUCAGCUUGUUGGAUGAUCUUGAUAAGGAGCUAAACACUUAUGCUAUGAGAGUUCGAGAGUGGUAUGGUUGGCAUUUCCCUGAGCUUGCAAAGAUUGUACAAGACAAUAUUCAGUAUGCCAAAACAGUGAAGUUGAUGGGUGACCGUACAAAUGCUGCAAAGCUUGAUUUUUCUGAGAUACUGCCUGAAGAGGUUGAGGCAGAACUGAAAGAGGCAGCAAUGAUUUCCAUGGGAACUGAAGUUAGUGACCUUGAUCUGAUGAAUAUUAAAGACCUAUGCAGUCAGGUUCUCUCUUUUUCAGAGUACAGAGGACAGUUGUAUGAUUAUUUGAAGAGCAGGAUGAAUACCAUUGCUCCAAAUCUCACCGCUCUUGUUGGAGAACUUGUUGGUGCUCGUCUUAUUGCCCAUGGUGGUAGCUUGUUGAAUCUUGCAAAGCAGCCUGGAAGCACAGUUCAGAUACUUGGCGCAGAAAAGGCUCUCUUCAGGGCUCUGAAAACGAAACAUGCAACGCCUAAAUACGGGCUAAUAUACCAUGCAUCAUUGAUUGGUCAGGCCGCACCAAAACACAAGGGUAAAAUUUCACGGUCUCUUGCUGCCAAGACUGCUUUGGCAAUUCGAUAUGAUGCUCUUGGAGAUAGCCAGGAUAGUACUAUGGGAUUGGAGAACCGGGCCAAGCUUGAAGCACGGUUAAGAAACUUAGAAGGCAGAGAUUUGGGUCGUUCAGCAGGCUCUGCUAAAGGGAAGCCUAAGAUAGAGGUUUAUGAUAAGGAUCGUAAGAAAGGUCCCGGGGCAUUGAUAACUCCAGCUAAGGCUUACAACCCUGCAGCAGAUUCUGUUCUUGGACAUACUGAGCCGACUGCUAAUGAAGAUGAGCCGGAGCAAGAAAAGAUGGAUGCCGAAGCGGUUGAAGAGACCCCCGCCAUUGAGGAGAAGAAGAAGAAAAAGAAGAAAAAGGAAGCAGCUGUGGAAGAACCUGAAAGCGAAGAGGUAGGGAAGAAGGAAAAGAAGAAAAAGAAGAAGCAUGCAGCAGCUGAAAGUGAGGAAGUGCAGAACAAUGAUGAAAAUGCCGAAGCGGGAGAGAAGAAAAAGAAAAAGAGAAAGCACUCAGAGGCUGAAGAAGAAGAACCUGAAUCAACCAAGAAAGAUAAAAAGAAGAAGAAGAAGAAGACUGCAGAAUAACUACUGUCACGGUAAACUGUAUCUGCAAUCUCUGUGCUGUAACAUUGUGCAUUGUCGCAUUAUCAGGUGUAGGAAUAUCUAUACAUUUCUAUUGCGUUUUGUGUUUCCUUGGUCCAAGUUGGAAGAGAAUUACAUGUUAUGAGAUUAGUUUAGUUGGAUCAAGGAGACAAUAGCAUCUGCUGCAAUGGCUCUUAUCUCCUUUGCAAUGUAUGAAUUCAAGAAGACCUUCAAUGGAUUUAUGGAUUGUUAGCAUUUUC